AUGAAGAAUUUUUCAGUUCCUGUGCAAGCUAAUGAAUAUCAGACUGAAAGUCUUUUUCCUCAGCUUAUCCUGAAUUUGACAAAUAAGUCAGAUCCAGUUGGAAGACAAGAAAGAGAUGAGCAAUUAGCUCAGUUAGAGAUUGCUGUGUUGGGAGUAAUAUUUAUGACAGCAUCUGUGGGCAAUUUUAUUCUCAUACUGGUACUGUGGAGGAGAAGAAAGAAGUUAUCUAGGAUGUAUGUAUUCAUGCUUCACCUGAGCAUAGCGGACUUAGUGGUAGCAUUUUUUCAAGUACUUCCCCAACUAAUAUGGGAUAUUACAGACAUUUUCAUAGGGCCAGAUGCAUUGUGCAGAACUAUCAAAUAUUUGCAGUUGUUGGGCAUGUUUGCCUCUACUUAUAUGAUAGUGGUCAUGACAGUGGACAGAUAUCAAGCAGUAUGUUAUCCCAUGGUCACUUUCCAAAAGAAAAGGGCUCUUUGGAAUGCUGCCAUUUGCACCAGCUGGUCUAUAUCACUGCUUUUUAGUCUUCCACAAGUAUUUAUCUUUUCCAAGACUGAAAUAUCUCCAGAUAUUUUUGAAUGCUGGGGUGAGUUCAUCCAACCUUGGGGCUUAAAGGCAUAUGUGACUUGGAUUUUUGUAGCUAUUUUCUUCAUUCCCACAGCUAUCCUUACCAUAUGCCAGGUUAAGAUCUGCAAAAUAAUACUAAUGAACGUACAUGUGAAAAAAAGGAAUGAAUUUGAAGCAAUAAAUCAGAAGCAAGUCCUGCCAUUCCAAGCAAGCAGUAUUAACUGUAUUUCAAAGGCUAUGAUCAAGACUGUAAAAAUGACAGUGGUGACAGUUAUUGCAUAUGUCCUUUGUUGGGCACCUUUCUUCAUUGUACAGUUGUGGUCUGUAUGGUACCCCAGUGGCAUUACUGAAGGUGCAGCAUUUACCAUCAUCAUGCUCCUGGGGAAUUUGAAUAGUUGUGCCAAUCCGUGGAUUUACAUGUAUUUUUGUGGCCACAUUCCAUAUUGUGCCAAAAAGCAGUCAAAAAACAUCUCAGCUCAGGAAGAAUCUGUGAUCACAGGAAGCAUUAAUUUGGUAGACAGGGAACCAGAAGAAAACCUAACUUGUGUAUAA